AUGAACAAUAAUGAUCCGAUGAGGAGGAAUAUUGGUUUUGCGAAUCCAGGGGCAAUGCAAAUGCAAAUGCCGAUUCAGAUGCAAACACCGAUUAACCAUAACCAACAACAAACGUCCCACCUGCUAUCUCAGGCACGACCUCAAGGUGGGCUCCACUUCCCGGGCCAUUUUCAGCCCCAUACUCAGGCAUUUGGGCAGGUUCAGUUACCUCAAGCCCAAGGAGCGGUUCAAUUUCAACACCAAUCCCAGGGUAACAGUAAUUUGGGUAUCUCUUCUCCCUCCAUGUCCACCCCAGGGUCUGGAGCAGCAGGCAGUGGCAAGAGGCCCUUGCAUAAGCCGCCUUCUCGGCCUUCUGGUGGUUCCUCUGGUCAGGGCACUGCUUCACCAAUGAAAACUAUGGAGCUAACACCUGCUGUGCGUAAAAUGAAGCGGAAGCUUCCUGAUAAAGAAGUUCCGGAUAAAGUCGCAGCGAUCUUGCCAGAGUCUGCUCUUUAUACACAGUUGCUUGAAUUUGAGUCUCGUGUGGAUUCUGCCCUUGCUAGAAAGAAGAGUGACAUUGUGGAAUCCCUGAAAAAACCCAUGCAAGCUCAGAAGGUCCUGAGGAUAUAUGUGUUCAACACUUUUGCCAAUCAGACACAGAUGGUUCCUGAGAAGGAAAAUGCUGAGCCACCUUCUUGGUCGCUCAAGAUAAUUGGGAGGAUUUUGGAUGAUGGGAAGGAUCCUGCUUUAGGUGGAAUGGUGCAGAGGUCUUCAUAUCCGAAGUUUUCAUCUUUCUUCAAGAAAAUUACUAUAUAUUUGGAUCAGAGUCUCUAUCCAGACAAAAAUGUUAUUUUGUGGGAGAGUUCUCGAUCACCGGUACUUCAUGAAGGGUUUGAGGUGAAGAGAAAAGGUGAUAAGGAGUUCACUGCAAUUAUAAGACUAGAGAUGAAUUAUAUGCCUGAAAAAUUUAAACUUUCACCUGCUUUGCAAGAAGUCCUUGGAAUUGAGUUGGAGACGCGCCCAAGAAUUAUGGCAGCGCUUUGGUACUAUGUGAAGAUGAGAAAAUUACAAAUACCUGGUGACACAGCGUCUUUCAUGUGUGAUCCACCUUUGAGGAAGGUUUUUGGAGAAGAUAAGUUGAAAUUUGCCAUGGUCACACAGAAGAUAACACCGCAUCUGACUUCACCUGGACCAAUACAUUUGGAGCACAGGGUUAAGCUUUCUGGGAGUUGUCCAGGUGGAAAUACUUGUUAUGAUGUGCUUGUUGACGUUCCUUUGUUACCAGACAAGGAAAUGUCAACGUUCUUGUCUAACUUAGAGAGAAACAAGGAGAUUGAUGCUUGUGAUGAAGCUAUUUCUUCUGCCAUGAAAAAAAUCCAUGAACAUCGAUUGAGGCGAGCUUUCUUUCUUGGAUUUAGUCAGUCGCCUGCGGAAUUCAUUAAUUCCUUAAUUGCUUCUCAGGCCAGGGAUUUAAAGCUUACUACUGCAGAUGCCAGUCGUGAUGUGGAGAAAGAGCGGCGAGCUGAAUUCUAUAAUCAACCUUGGAUUGAAGAUGCUGUUAUCCGAUACCUAAAUCGCAAGCCCUCUGUUGGUGGCGAUGCUGCUGGAAGUAAAUAA